CGGCGGCCGCGUCCUCGGCGUGUAGGGUUGAAAAUUAUGCACACCAUGUUUGGAACUUAACAGAGGAAAGAGGAACAUUUUCUCAUGGUUACGAAAAGGAAAACAAGCAUCUUCGACAUGAGUUUAAAGACCUCCAACUUAAACAGGUCCCAUAAUGAAGACUUGGGGAAAGAUGAAUCAUCACAAAGACAUGUGCAACAAGUAGUACAAAGGUUAACAGUAGCUCAUGAAGAGAUCCAAAGACUCACUGAUGAACUCCAAGAGAAGGAGAAAGAACAGAGUAAAUUAGAUUCAGCACUUGAGACAUCUCGACUAGAAAUUGAAAAACUGAAGGAAAAUUUGAUAAAACUGAAAGAAAAAGAUUCAGCUGGCCUACAGAAAGCAAAAGAACAUAACCAGAGACUGGAUGAGGAAAUUCUGGCUUUACGAAAUCGGGUUCGAUCACUUGACUCAGAUAAGAAAGAGCUUGAAGAAGUAGUUGAAAGACUUAAAGGAGAGCUUUGUGAAUUUCAAGAGAAUAAGCUACUUGGAAAUCACUCCCCUGGAAGAACUGUGACCAUUAAACAGAGCGAAGAGAUAAUGAAAGUGAACCAAGAAAAAAAUGAAAUAUUUCAAAGUGAGUUGUCAGAAGAGCAAAAGAGGAGAAAGCAAUUAACAUCUCAUUUUAAUGCUGCAAAGAAGUCUUUGAAAGUUGAAAGCGAGGAAUUGCAAAAGUCAAAGUCAGAACUUAUAUGCCUUUAUAAUGAAAUUCAAAGUCUUCCAGGGACGGCAGACGAGAGAGAAAAGUUUUUAAUAGAAUAUGAAUUGCUGCAAAGAGAAAAUUAUGAAUUAGAUAUUAAGAUCUUGAAGCUUUCACAAGAAUAUGAACAAUUAAAUAAUUUUUCUUUAGGGGAAAAAAUUAAAACUCCUAAUUUAAUUACAAAAGAAAAUCUCUGUGCAGAUGUUGAGUCUAACGUACCAAAUUUGGAAGUAGAGAAUCAAAUCCCAAAGGAAGAGAAAGAGAAACUCGGCCCCAAAUCAGGAGAGAGUAAGCAGCAGGAAAUUCCAGAGGAGUCAGAAAAGGAGGGCACGUUCCCAAAAGAGGGUCAGGAGAAGAACCCAGCCCAGAGAGGAGAUGUGAAAGGUGAAGAGCAGCAGUUGGCCUGGAAGCUUGAGAACAUUGCAAGGCUUAGAGAAGAGGUGGUUCAUAUGAGCCAGAGCCUCCUUCAGAGCUCGGGGGAUAGUUCAGAGGAGAGUAGCCUCCAGUGUCCACCAUCAGAAGAAAAACUGAAAUACCACCAGCAAGAGGAAGUACAACAACUCCGCCAGAAUUUGCACCGGCUUCAGGUUCUAUGUAACUCAGCUGAAAAAGAGCUUCGCUAUGAAAGAGGGAAGAACUUGGAUUUAAAACAGCAUAAUAGCUUACUUCAAGAAGAAAGCAUUAAGAUCAAAUUUGAACUCAAGCAGGCCCAGCAGAAAUUAUUCGACAGCACAAAGAUGUGCUCUUCACUCACAGCAGAGUGGAAGCAUUGUCAGCAGAAAAUUAAGGAGCUGGAGCUGGAAGUACUUACACAGGCUCAGAGCAUUAAAUCACACAACAACCUACAGGAAAAGCUGGCUCAGGAGAAAUCUAAAGUUGCUGAUGCAGAGGAAAAGAUUCUGGAUCUGCAGCAGAAAUUAGAACAUGCUCAGAAAGUUUGUAUCACAGACACUUGUGCCUUGGGGAGGAAGCAACUUGAGGAAAGGAUAAAAGAAGCAGCAGAAAAUGAAGCCAGACUACAGCAGCGCUACCAGGAAGAGCAACAGAAGAGGAAACUCCUAGAUCAGGAUAUUAUUGAGCUACAAAAGCAAGUGAGAAUCUCACAGAACAAAGAGAAUGAACUAGAAAAGAUCAGUUCUCAGCAACAAGCCCAGAUACAACAACAAGAAGCCCAACUUAAACAGCUGGAAAAUGAACAAAGAAUAUCCAACAAGUAUCUCAGGAGCAACCAGAAAUUGUCAGAGAAGCUUUCUGGGUUACAGCAAGAGAAGGAAGCUUUGCGUGAAGAAUAUGGGCAGUUUUUGAAGCAGUUCGACGUCUAUGUGAGAAACUAUAACGAGAAACAUCACCACCAAAAAGCCAAGCUUCGCAGAGUCAAGGAUCGUUGGGCUCAGGAAGUAGAACAACGAGAUGAGAGGAUUAAGCUACUGGAAAACGAAGUUGCUGCCCUACGACAACAGUAUGGAAAGGAGAAGGCAUUCCAGGACCAUGUCACUUCCCAAAAUAAUACUCUGCUCCUCGAAAAUGAGAAACUUCUAGAGCAACUCACAGAGAAGGAAGAAUUGAUCCACAGUAACAAGUGGGUAAUCACAUCUGUCCAGAGCAGAGUAUUCUUCCUGGAUAAGGAAAAUAAACAGCUGCAAGAGAACAGUCUGCGGCUCACCCAGCAGGUGGGUCUCUUGGAGCGCAUUCUGCGGAGCAUGCAGAUCCGCACGGGAGAGGAAGCAAAUGGUCAUAUACCUGAACUUGAACAUUUGGCUAGAACCUUGCCCUUUUCAAACUCCAGUUUUUCAGGAAGAUGCUUGAUAGAAUCAGCUGAGCGUCUCCAAGAGGCUGAAGAUCAUAAGCCAGAAGAUGCAAUGACAAAUCUCAAGUCCUGUGUGGGUCUUUUGGCUUCCCAGAAUUCCGAGACUAGUUGUAUUAACCUGGCUUCUCUGAAUGAGACAAAUAUCAUCCAAGAACAAGACAGUAAGUCAGAGCUAUAAAAAAAAAUCACUAAUAUCUAAAUCUAGACGGAUUAGAGCAACUAACUUAAAGUCUUGGCAAGAAGGUGGAACAAGACAUGAAGAAUAUCCACAGGAUCCUACUGGACCAGUAGUUUGCAAAAUUUUUUUAUACUCAUUAAAUCAGUUCUUAAAAUGGA